AUGUCUGCGGACAACGAAAUUCUCCUAGAAGGAGAGGAAUCGAUGGACUAUGACUCUGUCAAUGCGGAUCCUGUCGAGGAUCCCGAGGAGGAUGUUGGCGAGGAAGAGGAUGUUGAAAUGGAGGAGAGUGGACCUUCCACUUCGGAAAAAAAGAAGCCGUCGUCGAAGAAGAAAGGACGUGGCGGCAAGAAGGCGAACAAGAAGAAGGCGGACAUUCCGGACCCCUACAACUCGACCAGCGCGGAGAUCUCCAAUGCAAUCGGCCUGGUCGACGUUCAAAUCGACUACGACCGAGAAGAAUUCCAAACUGUGACAAAUUUGAAGGUAUGCGUCUUAUCCAACUGUGUGUGUAUUUCAGUAUUUUUCAGAUCUUCUCAAGUCUCAUCAAGCCGGUCAUCUUGCAGUCCAAUCCCGGAACUAUCAUCGCCAAGAUGUACCCGCUUUUCCAAGUUAAGUACAAGGAGUUCCAAGACCAUAUGGCUGCUAAUGGGAAGCCCAUCCAAAAGCAGCCUAAGGUCCGGCAGGCACCGAUGAUUCCGAUUUACGAAAAGCUUCCUCCGAAAACUCGAUCUUCGACUCGCAGGAAGCGUCGCGACGACUCGGAUGGAGAGGGUCAGGACAGCGACCAGGAAUUUGAGGCGCUCAUGAAACAACACGAGCAGCAACAGGAUGAUAUUGACCGUGAGAAGGAUGAGCAACGAGCCAAUCGAGCUGCCGCCAAAGCUGACAAGCGUAAGAACGCUCUGGAAACGGCUCGUGCUUCGAAGAGAGCGCGGAAGGAAAAGGGAGAGGAAGAAGAACAUCAGGAACAUUGCGAUGUUUGCAAGCAAGGUGGGGAGCUGGUACUGUGUGAUACGUGCGUCAGGGCGUACCAUACCGUCUGCAUUGACGAGACUAUGGAGCAAGCACCGGAAGGAGAGUGGAGUUGCCCUCAUUGUGAGGAAUUCGGUCCUGAAGCUGUGAAAGAGGAACCGGAGAAGAAGAACAUGGAGUACUGUCGGACCUGCAAGGAGACCGAGAAUCUUCUUCUGUGCGACACUUGCACAAGCUCGUUCCAUGCUUACUGCUUGGUCCCACCGCUGACUGAAAUUCCCGAGGACGACUGGUCGUGUCCUCGCUGUAAUCUUCCGGAGCCGCCUCAAAGAGUCGAGAAGAUUUUGAGCUGGAAAUGGAAAGAGAUUCCGUAUCCGGAACCGUACAAACCGAAGGAGGGAGAGGAGCCGUCCAAGGACAUUGCUUUCUUGAGACCCCCGCGGAAGAUGGAGACGAGACGCGAGCGCGAAUUCUUUGUCAAAUGGAGAUACAUGUCUUAUUGGCAAUGUCAGUGGCUUUCUGACACCAUGAUGGAUGUCUACUUUUCAGCGGUGAGUGAUAACAAUCCAGUUAUUCGCAUGUUUAUCUUUUUUUUUAGCUCCUUCGCAUGUACUGGCGCAAAGUUGAUUCCGAAACACCACCAAUCUUCGAGGAAUGCACUCUCUCACGCCACCACGCAGAUCAUGAUCCGUAUGAUUUACGAGAGCGCUUCUACCAGUACGGGGUUAAGCCGGAAUGGAUGCAAAUCCAACGCGUCAUCAACCAUUUGUCGUACGCCAAGUCGCAGCAGGACUACCUCAUCAAGUGGAAAGAGCUCUCUUAUGAGCAGGCAACAUGGGAGAGAGACGACACGGACAUUGCCAACUACGAGGAGGCUGUCAUCAAGUAUUGGCUGCAUAGAGAGCGCAUGCUCAAUGAUGAGGUGCCACGCAAUGUGCAAAAGUUGAUUGCCAAAAAUCGGGAAGCCAAGGGUCUGCCGCCAAAGGAGGAGGAUCUCUCGUCCAGAAAGAAGAAGCGGGAAAAGGUCGAUGUGAGUGAUAGCUUCUUGGAAAAACGAUUGAUUUAUGUUUCAUUUUCAGAUCCGCAAGAAAUAUGAGGAGCAACCUGACUACAUCACCGAAACCGGAGGAAAUCUUCAUCCGUAUCAACUGGAGGGAAUCAACUGGCUCCGUCAUUGCUGGUCGAAUGGGACUGACGCUAUCUUGGCCGACGAGAUGGGUCUCGGAAAGACCGUGCAGUCGCUCACUUUCCUGUACACUCUCAUGAAGGAAAAUCACAGCAAGGGACCGUUCCUCAUUGCCGCUCCACUCUCGACCAUCAUCAACUGGGAGCGUGAGGCGGAGAUGUGGUGCCCGGACUUUUACGUAGUCACCUAUGUUGGAGACCGUGAUUCUCGUAUGGUUAUCCGUGAGCAUGAAUUUUCGUUUGUGGAUGGAGCUGUUCGCGGAGGUCCGAAGGCGUCGAAGAUCAAGAGCCAAGACAACAUGAAGUUCCACGUACUGCUCACGUCUUAUGAGUGCAUCAACAUGGACAAAGCUAUCCUGUCUUCCAUUGAUUGGGCAGCUCUGGUUGUCGACGAGGCUCAUCGUCUGAAGAACAAUCAAUCGACGUUCUUCAAGAACCUUCGGGACUACAACAUCCAGUACCGCGUGCUCCUCACUGGAACUCCUCUCCAAAACAAUCUGGAAGAGUUGUUCCACCUUCUCAACUUCUUGGCGCCGGAUCGAUUCAACCAGCUUGAAGCGUUCACUUCCGAGUUCUCCGAGAUUUCCAAAGAGGAUCAGAUUCAAAAGCUGCAUUCGUUGCUCGGUCCUCACAUGCUCCGUCGUCUCAAGGCUGAUGUGCUCACUGGAAUGCCUUCCAAAUCGGAACUGAUUGUUCGUGUCGAAUUGAGCCCGAUGCAGAAGAAGUACUAUAAGAACAUUCUUACGCGAAACUUUGACGCGCUGAAUGUGAAGAAUGGCGGAACUCAGAUGUCACUCAUCAACAUCAUCAUGGAAUUGAAGAAGUGCAGCAACCAUCCGUAUCUUUUCAUGAAAGCUUGUCUGGAAGCGCCGAAGCGAGAGAACGGGCUAUACGAGGGAACCGCUCUCAUCAAGAACUCUGGAAAGUUUGUUCUUCUGCACAAGAUGUUGAGAAAGCUGAAAGAUGGAGGACAUCGUGUUCUCAUUUUCUCCCAAAUGACAAUGAUGUUGGACAUUCUUGAGGAUUUCUGUGAUUAUGAACAGUACAAGUACGAACGCAUUGAUGGAAGCAUUACUGGCCAGAUGAGACAAAAUGCGAUUGAUAGAUUCAAUGCUCCGGGAGCUCAACAGUUCAUCUUCCUCUUGUCCACUCGCGCCGGAGGACUUGGUAUCAAUUUGGCCACUGCUGACACUGUGAUCAUCUAUGAUUCGGACUGGAAUCCUCACAACGACAUCCAGGCGUUCUCUCGUGCUCAUCGUCUUGGCCAAAAGCACAAGGUUAUGAUCUAUCGUUUUGUCACGAAAGGAUCUGUUGAGGAGAGAAUCACUUCAGUUGCCAAGAAGAAGAUGUUGCUGACCCACUUGGUUGUUCGUGCUGGGCUCGGAGGAAAAGAAGGAAAGAGCAUGAGCAAGAGUGAAUUGGACGACGUUCUCCGCUGGGGAACCGAGGAACUGUUCAAGGAGGAUGAGCCGAGUACUUCCGAUGCUGCCGAUGGAGAGGGCGGAAAGAAGGCAAAUGAGGAGAUUGUGUGGGAUGACGCGGCGGUUGACUUCCUUCUCGAUCGCAAUAAGGACGAAGAAGGAGCUCCGGAAGGAGACAAGAAGGAACAUUGGACCAAUGAGUACCUCAGCUCAUUCAAAGUUGCCACCUACACAACGAAGGAGGCUGAUGAGCAAGAGGAAGAUGAAGGCGACGUUGAAGUUCUGAAAGAAGGAGAGAAGGAACCGGAUCCGGACUAUUGGGAGAAACUUCUCAAGCAUCAUUACGAGCAGGAUCAGGAAGUUGAGGCUCAAAAGCUUGGAAAGGGAAAACGUGUUCGCAAACAAGUCAACUAUGCCAGUGAGAACAUGGGACAAGACUGGAACAACCAGAAUGUGAGUUUGUCCAGUCAUUAAAAGAGCAAUUUCAUCAUCAUUUUUAGAAUCAAAACCAGGAAGAUGACGACGAAGAAUACAAAUCGGAUUCCGGAGAGCCACUUCAUUCUGAUGAUGACUACGACGAGAAAAGGAAACGUCGUCGUGAGGAAAACUCCGAAAGACUGCCGCCUCUUCUUGCUAAGGUCAACGGUCAGGUCGAGGUCCUCGGCUUCACCCUUCGUCAGAGAAGAUCUUUCUACAAUGCCAUCAUGCGCUGGGGAAUCCCACCGCAGGACGCCUAUCAAUCACAAUGGCUGAUCCGUGAUCUCAGAGGAAAAUCUGAAAGAGCUUUCCGCGCCUACGCUUCCUUGUUCAUGCGUCAUUUGUGUGAGCCAGGAGCCGACAACAGCGAAACGUUCAAUGACGGUUGUCCACGUGAAGGUAUGAACCGAGUGCAAGUGCUCGCUCGCAUCGGAAUGCUGAGUCUGGUACGCAGAAAGGUCCAAGAGUUUGAAGAGAUAAAUGGAGAGUGGUCAAUGCCGGAAAUGCAGGACGUGGUGUUAGCGGCUGCAGCAAAAAUGCGGGCGACCGAGAGAGCGUUAGCAGGAGUGCCGCAAGGAACGCUCAUCAAGCAGGAAUCAGUGGAUGCGAGUCCGAGCGAGCUUCAUCAACCACAAAUCAGACAGGAGACUCCAGAAGAAGAGAAAACUGUACAACCAGCCAAGCCAAAAGCCGCUCGUCCGCCGUUCAAGUUCAACAUUUGUGACGGAGGAUUCACUGAACUCCACACUCUUUGGGAUAACGAAGAGAGAGUUGCCAGGAGAGGAAAGGAAUACGAAAUAUGGCAUCGUCGACACGAUUACUGGCUGUUGGCGGCAAUUUGUGUUCAUGGAUAUGGUCGCUACCAAAUUAACUUUAACGAAAUCGCGAAUGAUAUGAGAUUUGCCAUCCUCUGUGAGCCAUUCAAACAGGAUGGCGGAACAAACUUCUCCGAGGCCAAGAAUCGAUUCCUUCAACGUCGUUUCAAACUCCUGGAGCAAUCGUUGGUUGUUGAAGAGCAACUUCGUCGUGCUGCCGGUCUGAAGACUCAAAUGAGUGCUGAUAACGUCGGAGGAUUGGCUCAGCGGUUCAUGGAUAUGGAGAAUACCGCAGAAGCGCACGCCACCAUUGCCCAACAAAGCAGCAGCGGAAAUCGCAACGCUAACACCGUUCUCCACAAGGUCCUGGCUCAACUCGAUGAGUUGCUUAGCGAUAUGAAGUCUGAUGUGUCCAGACUUCCAGCAACUGUGGCCAGUCUGCGUCCAGUCACCGAACGUCUGAAUAUGACAGAAAGACAGUGAGUAGAUAGUCGUUGUUGCUGGUCAAUUCACAUAUCCGUUUUUUUUCAGAAUUCUGUCUCGUCUCACCACCAAAGAUCCGGAUGCCAAAGACAAGAGAAGUCCACUUCCACCACCAGGACCAUUCGUUACUCCGAUGCAAUUCCAACACUUUGACGGAAUUCAGCCAAAGUUCGCCGCGCUGUUCCGUAACACUUUAUUGAUUGAGGACGAUGACACCGCUGAUGACUCGGAUCAACCAUCUACGUCCGAACCAAAACAAGGUAGAAAUUGUGAUCGGUUGACUGAAUCGUAAAUGUACCCUAUUUUCAGAACCGAUGGAUUACGACGAUGGAAAUGGUCCGUCCACAUCCGCCGCGGCAGGCUCAUCGUCUCAACUCGCCGAAGAAUAG